CGCAGGCCAGGAAAGAAAUGUGGCAGCGCGUUUCGUUUAGUACGGACUUAGACUGCUCUAAGCGGCGGUCGCGUACGCCGGUGUCCGAUAAUAAAGACGGCGACGAGGACGACGAAGAUAAUAAGAUACGCGAGGAAGAAUAUUACGAAGUUGGCAGCGAGAAGACAGCAACGAAGAGCAUCAAAAGAAAGAAAGAAAGAAGAAGAAGAGGAAGGAUCGUUGGAGAGGGGGAAGAAGAAGAAGGAAGAAAAGGGAAAACGUGAUAACUCGCUGGUAGAUAGAGAGAGAGAGACACAGACAGAAAGAGAGAAAAAGAGAGAGAGAGAGAGAGAGAGAAAGACACAGUGUGUUCGUCGCUGGACCGUGGAACACUCUCGGUCUUCUUCUUCUUCUUCUUUCUUCGUCUGGCGUUGACGACACACGCGUGUGCCCCUGCUUCUCCUUUAAGACGAUACUUACGCCUACGUGCGUGAACCGGAUGUUCGUUGAAUGAGAAUAAAACAUUUUUACGAAUAUUGUCGAGAAUAUACCAUAAAGAAUAAAUGGAACUCGUUAUAUGGGCAAGGCGGAAGGACAGAGGUCAGCAGUAUGGAUCAGAGCUCGAUUGCAGGAUCAGCUGAGUCAGCUCGGCUACUUCCUGCAAAGGCACGCGGGAAAGGUCCUCUUCGUUGCCAUACUAGCAUUGGCUACCUUUUGCGUCGCAUUAAAGUCGGCACAAGUACAUAGCAAGGUCGAACAGCUUUGGGUCCAGGAAGGUGGAAGAUUACAAAAAGAAUUAAAGUACGCGUCGGAAGCACUCGGGGAGGCCGCACCAUCGACGCACCAGCUCGUUAUCCAAACCCCAAGACAUCCCGGGGCAAACAUCCUACAUCCUGCCGCGUUGAAAGAACAUUUGGCAAUUCUCAAGGCAGCUACUCAGGCCACCGUACAUCUCUUCGAUAUCACGUGGAGACUGAAAGACAUGUGUUACGCGCCGAGCAUACCCAACUUCGACAUGCACUACAUCGACCAGAUCUUCGAUAGUAUUAUACCAUGUGCUAUCAUAACACCUUUGGAUUGCUUUUGGGAAGGAAGCAAACUUUUAGGCCCCGAACAUCCCGUUCACAUACCUGGUGCAAAAACGAACAAGCCCGUCCAAUGGACCAAUCUCAAUCCAUCCGGUAUGUUGGACGAGAUGAAAAAAUUGCAAUUCAUGUUUCCCUUCAAAACGCUUGAGGACUACAUGAAGAGAGCUGGGAUAACGAAUGCCUACCAGAGCAAGCCGUGCCUCGAUCCAACGGAUCCUGAGUGUCCGGAAACCGCACCCAACAAGAAGUCGCAGCAGGAACCGGACAUAGGAGCCGAACUAACCGGCGGUUGUUAUGGAUUUGCGGCGAAGUAUAUGCAUUGGCCCGAGGAAUUGGUCGUCGGUGGUGCAAAACACAACAAGACUGGUCAUUUAACUCGAGCGGCAGCCUUGCAAACAGUCGUUCAAUUGAUGGGCGAACGAGAACUCUAUGAUUUUUUAGCUAAUACCUACAAAGUACAUCAUAUAGAUUGGUCGCAGGAAAAGGCUUCUCAGGUCCUUGAAACAUGGCAAAGAGAGUUUAGCAAUAAGGUGAAGAAACAUUUGGAAGUAAAUAGUACGUCGUCGUACAAUCUCUAUGCCUUCAGUACUACAACCAUGAACGAUAUACUUGGAAAGUAUAGCGAGGUGUCAGUUAUGAAAAUAGGAAUUGGAUGCGCUUUGAUGCUGUUUUACGCGGGUAUUGCACUUUUACGUUGGAAGGAUCCAGUACGUUCUCAAUCUGGCGUUGGAAUAGCCGGUGUGAUGUUGGUCGGUGCAACGGUCGCUGCUGGUUUAGGAUUUUGUGCCCUACUUGGCAUUCCCUUCAAUGCCGCAACAACGCAAAUAGUCCCGUUUCUAGCGUUAGGUCUUGGAGUUCACGAUAUGUUCCUAUUGACGCACACGUAUGCAGAGUUGUCGGUGAAUGAGGUACCGAGCGGAGAACAGACCGGGGUCGUUCUCAAGAGAACGGGUCUCUCUGUUCUCUUGACCGGCUUGAGCAACGUCUCGGCCUUCUUUGCUGCGGCCUUGAUACCAAUCCCCGCUCUUCGAGUAUUUUGCCUUCAAGCUGGCAUUCUUCUUCUUUUCAAUCUUGCUGCAAUGUUACUCGUAUUUCCCGCUAUGGUCAGUUUAGAUCUAAGAAGACGUAGAUCCGGUAGAUCCGAUAUAUUGUGUUGCUGUUUGCCAGCGAAAAAUGGAAGGAAUAAAUAUUCUGGCAGGAGAAGUAACGGCACGGCUAAACAAACCGUAGCGAGAGCUAUACCACCGGAAAGACGGGAAACUUGUACGCAAAUUUUGACGUCUCAAAAUGCUCAGAGCGAGUCCUGGGUCGGCGGUAACAUCAUAGAUGCUGAUUUUGACAAACAGUGUACCGAGGAGGAAUCCUUAACCGGAUGCAAUCAGGACGACUGUCUUAGUUUCUCUUUGACGAAAUUCGCGGCUAGGACUUAUGCCCCGUUCGUAAUGAAACCAACGACAAAGGUUUUCGGCAUGUUUAUAUUAGCUACCGUACUCGCUGGUAGUGUUUGGCAAGCGAUGAGAGUUAGCGACGGCUUAGAACUUACAGAUUUGGUUCCUCAAAAUUCGAACGAGCAUGCCUUUCUCGCCGCCCAGGCGAAACAUUUUGGAUUUUACAAUAUGUACGCUGUCACUGGACGAGAUUUCGAGUAUCCGAAUAACCAAAAACUUUUAUACGAGUAUCACGAUGCUUUUAUGAGAAUAAAGAAUGUUAUUAAGAACGACAAUGGAGGUUUACCGGAAUUCUGGCUUAGUCUCUUUAGAGAUUGGCUGAAGGGAUUGCAGAAUGCCUUCGACAAGGAUUAUAAAAAUGGUUGUAUUACCCAAGAAAGAUGGUACAAAAAUGCGAGUGAUGAGGCGAUUUUGGCGUACAAGUUGCUCGUACAAACGGGCCAUGUAGAUAAUCCGAUUGAUAAGACAUUAAUCACGCAAGUAAGACUCGUCGAUUCUGAGGGAAUCAUUCAUCCACGUGCUUUUUAUAAUUAUUUAAGUGCCUGGGCUUCAAAUGACGCUCUGGUUUACGGUGCUUCCCAAGCAAAUCUUAGGCCUGAACCAAGACAAUGGAUCUAUACCAAUGAUCACGAAUUAAAAAUACCGAAGAGUAUGCCUCUGACUUACGCGCAGAUGCCCUUUUAUCUUCACAAACUUACCGAUACUCAGGAGAUCACGGAAUUGAUAGGAAGCGUAAGGAAAUUGUGUAGGAAAUUCGAAGAACGUGGACUACCAAAUUUUCCAUCGGGAAUACCUUUCUUAUUCUGGGAACAAUAUAUGGAUUUAAGAAGUUGUUUGGGUGUAGCAUUACUUGCAGCACUUGGGGCCAGUAUUGUCGUUAUCGGUAUACUCCUUUUAAAUCUUUGGGCUGCGCUUUUAGUCGGAACUGCUCUUGCUGGCGUCGUUUUACAACUCCUUGGACUUAUGGGACUUUGUGAAAUUAAAUUAAGUGCCGUUCCUGCCGUCCUUCUCGUUGUCAGUGUGGGAAUAGCCGUACACUUUACCGUACACAUUUGUUUGAGUUUUGUUACCAGUGUUGGCAGUAGAGAUAGGAGAGUACGUUUGGCUUUAGAACACAUGUAUGCCCCUGUUGUUCAUGGAGCCUUCACAACGUUAUUGGCAGUCGUCAUGUUAGCUUUUUCAGACUUUGAAUUCAUUGUUCGAUAUUUCUUUCUCGUACUUCUAUCUUUAAUUGGAAUCGGCCUUGUCAAUGGGCUUUUCUUUUUUCCAAUAUUAUUGUCCCUGAUCGGUCCAUCACCUGAGAUUAUACCGAAUGAUCAUCCUGAUCGAAUAUCCACUCCAACACCUCCGGCUUCUCCGAUCAUUAGAAGAUCGAAACCACCACCGCCACCUAGAAGAUCUCAUAAAAUUGAUAACGCGAGACUGCAUGCAGAACCAUCGCUGACUACCAUCACCGAGGAACCUAAUUCCUGGCAUAGUACACAAGAAUCGUGUAUUAUCGUCCAGCCUGAAUUAAAGGUCGAGACGAUGUCAACUUGUGGUAAUCAGAAUUGUAGCGGAUCAGAUACAAGUGGGUCUAGUCGAACGUCGCCUGUGCCAUCAACUUCUCACAUCACAACUAAGGUCACUGCCACGGCUAACAUAAAGGUUGAAGUUCAUACACCAUUAACCAUAGGUGGAAUGGAUCGUAGUGAAAAAUGCCAGCACACCAGCACCAGUAGCCGAAGGAGCUCGCGCUGCAAUGCGAACGUUAAUACAGGGGAGUCUUCCGGUUCCAAUUCUGAACCGGAUUCUGACACUAAUCCGAACAAACACUAAUGACAAAUAUCGUGAAGACAAGCAAAUGUUGUUAAAAUACCACACAAAGCGGGAACAUACAGAAGGCUGACUAGGAUAGACUUUUUACUAUAUCGUUUUUUUUUUUUUUUAAUUAUUAUUAUUAUUAUUAUUAUUAUUAUUAUUAUUAUUAUGAUUAUUAUGAUUAUUAUUAUUUCUUAUAAUUAAGUAAUACAAUAGAUUUGUCUUACUUAAUUCUUAAAGCGGAAAAAGUAUUAUAAAAACGAACUUACGUUAAGUUUAAUUAGUUAAUUCAUUAUCCAUGACUGCUCAUUGUAAUAUGCAGUAAUCAUAUGCAUUGUAUAUACAUGUUUUCAUGGGAGCAUUUAUGUUUAUGUGUAUAACUCAUUUAAAGUACAUCAGCAGCAGGCUUUUAUUCUUAAUGUACAGCAUAUUUGUAUGAACGGCUGCUUUAUUAAAAAUCCAUUGUAUGACAACUAUUAAGACCAAGAAUAUGUAUAAGGGGAUUUUCUUAGAUUUAUUCAACGAAUAACGUCUGAAUGAGUGUGUCUCUUAUGUAGAACGAGGUGCAUUAAUAAUGCUUUUUAGAAAUACCUACACUCUGCUACUUUGCCGAACUUUCUUUUCAAUAUAUAUCCUGUUAUGUUUUCGUUCCUAUCGUACAAAGAAAAAUAUCAUUUUAUAAGCACAAUGUUCACAUGUAUGUGAGAACGACUAAAAUACAUAUAAACACUGCCCAACAAUUUUGGAAAUAAUAGAAUAUAUAUGGAAAAGGAAAUUCGAUGAAAUGGAAGAAGAAAAUCCCCAUUAAACGUUAUUAAUGCACCUCCUUUUAUACUAGGAAGUACAAUUAAUUUUAUAUAAAUGUAGAAUGAAUUUAUUUAUAUAAACAAAGAUGUUUACUGCCAAUUCCUUAUUUUACAUGUAACAAGGACUGAAAUUUCUUUGACGAUAUAUAUAGAUAUUAACAGUCAAAAGUCUAAUACAAAGUCGAUAAGUCUUUGCCUUUGAUAGAUACAUACACCGUCAUAUUUUGUAAACAAAAAAAAACAAAAA